GAAGAAUACAGACUGAAGAUACCAGAAAUCCUCAAAGAUGCACGUGAUCCUUUUGGGCCUGUGUUUUCUAAGUGUCAUCGGGGCAGCACCACAAAAAGAAGGUAACAAAGACCGUGUUCCAGUUCACCACUUUGACAAGGGAAAUAAGCAAGACAUAUCUUCUAAAGGAAAUGUUAUCCAGGAAAGUGACAAAUCCCAAGAUAUUUCGGCCAGCAAACAAAUGCUGAUUAAAGACCAAGACACUGGUAGUAGCAAGACCUCCCACCAUGACUUUGAGGAUACCAUUUACACCGGGUUCACUGGAAAUGCCAAAGCUGGCCAUGGGGACAGUGUUAAUAAGGAUCUUCCUGACCAAGUAGCACACCGUGUCAUUCUCAUUAACAAAAAUGUCCAACACGGUAGAAAAUACGCAAGUUCUCCAAGACUGUGGGUAAUGGAGGAAGAUGAAGAAGAGAAUAAAAUUGGGAAUUCCAUAUACAAAUAUCCUGAAGCCCAACGCAAAGGAGAUGAAGACAUUGUUAAUAACCAAAGAGAUGUCCAAAACCAAAAUAUUCCAGGAGACCACAAAACCAUUAGUCAUGUUCAAUAUACCAAAACAAUAUCUCCAAAGCACAUAAAGUUUACAUUUGAUUUUGAAGGCAGUGCUCAAGGGAAAGAAGACAAUGACUUUUCUCCUUCUAGUGGAGAAAUGUUUGUUCCUGACACAAAAACCACAGACCCAGACAAAGCUAAUGUCAUUAACAGCAACUCUAAACUUCUCAUAGGAAAGGAAAGUAGUAAUGAAGUUCCAGAAAAAGAGGAAUAUGACUUGAAAUCCAAUGGUGGAAGUUCCACUGGAGACAUUGUUAGAACUGAUGUCAGUAAAACACCAAGAAAAGAGAAAAACAUCAUUGAUAAUCAAAUUGUAAGAGGCAGUAAUGUCAUUACAGGGAGUACAAAUUAUAAGGAACUUCCUGGAAAUGAAGGAGAGGGUUUUGAUGCCAACACAGGAGAUUCUUAUCAAGAGAUAGUAGGAAUUCAUCCCUCUCAAGGAUCCUCGAAAAAGCAAAGCAGUAUUGGCCAACAUGCUAGGAAAGGGAGUAACGAUAUAAUUAAAGGCAAAGAAAUUUCUAAACAUGGCAAAGAUAAUACUGAGGUAGGAGUAGAAAGUUCUAAGAGAGACCAAAAUACCAAAAAUGAUAAAGAAAAAAAUUUCAACAAAGGAAAAAGUCAAGGCCUACUGAUUCCUUCUCAUGGUCACACCUACUCUUUAAAAGGAGAAAAUCAAAUUAAAAAUGAGGUAAAUCUUCACGAUGGCUACAAUAAAGAGAGAAGUAUCACAAAAUUCCCUGGUAAUAGCAGAAAAAACCAUUAUGCAGCACAUAGAAAGUUCAGCUCUACCAAGAGCCACCAUGGAUCUGGAAGGAAAAGAUUCUGGGGUCCUAUAAAUGCCCAUUCCCAUAAGAAGUUUAAAUCCCCUAAAAGAAAUGACAGCAGUGAUUCAUCUUCCAGUGACUCAAGUGACAGUGAUAGUGACCAAUCCACUGAAUAUUUUCAAGGUGGAAGUGGUAAUUAGUCACCAAUUAGGAGAUUAGAGCCAUCUGACAAUGAAGACAAUGAUCAAUUAUUUGAUUAGGACACUAGGUGUUCUCAGGGUAAUUUCCAAUAGUAUAAUGACAGGCAGUAAGAGAAUUUUUUUCAAAGCUGAUUAGUCUGAUUUUUAUUUCUUUAAAGGAAAAAG